GCGUACAUGGAUGAAUCUUGAAAAUGUGAUGCUGAGUGAAAUAAGCCAGACACAAAAGGACAAAUAGUGUACGAUCCCACUUACAUGAAAUAUCUAGAAUAGGCAAAUGCAUGGAGAGAGAAAGUAGACCAGAGGUUACCAAGGGCUGGGGAGAGGGGGAGGGAAAGGGGGGGUGAUUAUUUAAUAGGUAUGGGGUUUCUGUUUAGGGUGAUGAAAACAUCUGGAAAUGGAUAGUGGUGAUGGCUGCAUAGCGUGGUGAAUGUAAUUAAUGUCACUGAAUUGUACACUUAAAGAUGGUUGAAAUGACAAAUGUUAUAUAUAUUUCACCACAACAAAAAAAAAUGCAUGCUUAAAAAACAAAAAAGAACACAUAUGAACUAAAAGGAAUAUAUUUAGCACACUGGAAUGGUUGUCUUAUGGAGGGGGAAGGGAAUGAGCUAAGAGGGUAAAGAGAUGUGAAUAAAUAGAGUAAGAGGGGUCUGUGCAGGCCAGAGCAGAGAAUGUGGCCUUUGGGUAUGGCUUGGUUCAAUGGGCCCCUGCUGCUGAGUUCCAGGAGAAAGAAAAGAAAGGGAAGCAAAUGCAGAAUUGCAGGUCCACUGUGAUCCUGGCCUCUGAGCCUGCUUGCCAAACUUGACAUCUUUCAGCCUGAGCUGCUGGGAAUUCAGUGGAGUGGCAGGUACAAAGUGUUUCUUAGAGGGCCUUGUAUGUUCUGGGCCAUCCUGUCCAGGGCAGGGAGGUCAGGGACAAUACAGAGGCCAGUCUCUGGGUUGUGUGGACAUAUGGCCCCUCUGGCCAGGCCAGGGCCCCUAUCUCCCUGAGACCCGGUGGAGUGGCAGGAGUGAUAGCCCCUCACCCCAUCAGUCCCACCAGGCCCCACUAACCAUUGUCACACAAUCUGAUAAAAGGCCCCAACACAAAAGCCCCCUUCCCUCUCCCAACCAAUGGUCACCAACUGGCUAGGCCCUUGGCUCCAUAUAUGAGGCCCUGGGGGCUGAGUGCUACUGAGGCCAGUUCUGACCUCCACCAGCUCCCAAGCAGCCACCUCCAUGUCUCUGACCAAGGUGGAGAGGACCAUCAUCACGUCCAUGUGGGGCAAGGUCUCCACACAGGCUGACAGCAUCGGCACCGAGGCCCUGGAGAGGCUCUUCACCAGCUACCCCCAGACCAAGACUUACUUCCCGCACUUCGACCUGCACCCUGGCUCGGCGCAGCUGCGCGCUCACGGUUCCAAGGUGGUGGCCGCUGUGGGUGACGCGGUCAAGAGCAUCGAUAAUAUCUCGGGCGCGCUGUCCAAGCUGAGCGAGCUGCACGCCUACAUCCUGCGCGUGGACCCGGUCAACUUCAAGCUCCUGUCACACUGUCUGCUGGUGACCUUGGACACGCGCUUCCCCGCUGACUUCACGGCCGAGGCCCACGCCGCCUGGGACAAAUUCCUGUCCGUUGUGUCUUCCGUCCUGACCGAGAAGUACCGCUGAGCGUGGAGCCUCAGGCCCCCGACGACAGGCUGCGACCCCUCCCUGCCCCUGAACCUGUUCCAC